AUUUUUGAGGGAGAGAUGUAACACUCGCCAUGUCCGCCGCUGAAGAAAAGGAUCCCGUGGAGUUGAUGCUCAAGAAAACAGGCUGCAUUGAGCUACAUUACAAGGUGCAGGAGUGUAUAGCCGAGACCGGUGACUGGCGUGCGUGCCAGGACAAAGUUAAAGAAUUCAGGGCCUGCAUGCAAAAAUACGUCGACCAGCAGAGUAAAAAGUAUGCCAACGUCAAGUAGCAUCCUGCAGAAGUUCAUCAA